CUCUCAUUUUCCUUUGCAGAAACGAAAUAGGGAAACGAAAAAAGUCGCAUAGUAAAGAAGCUUUCUCUUUCUGAUCGAUCGGACUCCAAUGGCGGAAAAGAGCUUCAAGUACGUGAUCGUCGGCGGCGGAGUCGCGGCGGGAUAUGCAGCUAGGGAGUUUGCCAAACAGGGGGUGAAGCCAGGCGAGCUAGCUAUCAUCUCCAAAGAAGCGGUGGCUCCCUACGAGCGUCCUGCACUCAGCAAGGCAUAUCUGUUUCCCGAGUCCCCUGCUAGACUUCCAGGUUUCCAUGUGUGUGUUGGAAGUGGAGGAGAGAGAUUGCUUACUGAGUGGUACAAGGAGAAUGGUAUAGAAUUGAUCCUUAGUACUGAAAUAGUUAAAGCAGAUCUUGCUGGGAAAACUCUUAUAAGCGCAGCAGGGGAGUCCUUCAAGUAUCAGAUUCUGAUCAUUGCUACUGGCUCUACUGUCAUCAGAUUGGCAGACUUUGGUGUUCAAGGAGCUGACGCCAAAAACAUUUUCUACUUGAGAGAAAUUGAUGAUGCUGAUAAGCUUGUUGAAGCAAUUAGAGCAAAAAAGAAUGGGAAAGCUGUCAUUGUUGGAGGAGGAUAUAUUGGUCUUGAGCUUGGUGCAGCUUUGAGAAUUAAUAAUUUGGAAGUCAGCAUGGUUUACCCUGAACCUUGGUGCAUGCCCCGACUUUUCACCUCUGGUAUAGCUGCUUUCUAUGAGAGUUAUUAUGCAAACAAAGGAAUUAAAAUUAUCAAGGGGACUGUUGCAGUUGGUUUUAGUGCUAAUGAAAAGGGAGAGGUGACAGAAGUGAAACUCAAGGAUGGAACCGUGCUCGAAGCCGACAUUGUUGUUGUUGGUGUUGGAGGAAGGCCCCUUACAACACUAUUCAAGGGACAAGUUGAAGAAGAGAAAGGUGGCAUCAAGACUGAUGCUUUCUUCAAAACAAGUGUUCCUAAUGUAUAUGCUGUGGGAGAUGUGGCUACUUUCCCACUAAAAUUGUACAAUGAGCUCAGAAGGGUCGAGCAUGUCGACCAUUCCCGCAAAUCCGCUGAGCAGGCUGUUAAGGCCAUCAAGGCGAGUGAGGGGGUAGGUCCAGUCGAGGAAUAUGACUACCUCCCAUACUUCUACUCCCGCGCUUUCGAUCUGUCGUGGCAGUUCUAUGGCGACAAUGUUGGUGAGCCCGUGCUUUUUGGAGACAACAACCCUGCAUCUGCAAAGCCCAAGUUCGGCUCUUACUGGAUUAAAGAUGGCAAGGUUGUUGGAGCAUUCCUAGAGGGUGGCAAUCCCGACGAAAACAAGGCCAUUGCCAAAGUUGCAAGGAUCCAACCCCCUGUUGAGAGCCUAGACCAGGUCAAGAACGAAGGUCUUGCCUUUGCUAGCAAGAUUUAAACUUUUUCUUUGACAGGAAUAAGAUAAAAUGAUUUCCUACUAUUCAUUUCUAGAUUGGCUAUUGCCGGGCUUUCGUUUUUUCUUACAAGAGAUUGUUACUAUGUUGAUGAUUUGUUCCUCUUUAGAUUAUGUUUUGUUGAAAUGUGAUUAAGAAAUAAUUGCGUAUGUUCUGCGAGCA